UGCAGUACAGUGUGUGUGGGACGUGUGUGUGUGUAGAUCAAACGAUUUUCAUGUGCGUAGUAAUAAAAAAAAAAACACACGACGAACUUGCCUUGUGUCCUACUCCUACACAUUCAUGUGAGAAAUAAUUGCUCGGCAUUCGUCAAACAACUGUACUGGAUUAGCGAAAGAAUUUAUAAAGUCUGUACCCUGCAAAGAUGACUGAACCUCAGAAUGGCAAGAGAACGAAAUGGACAGUUUCUGGCUCGGACAUGGCAAUGAGGACGCACAACCCGAUCCGAGCUAUUGUAGACGGCCUAAAGCUGGAACCAAACCCAGACAAGGAAUUCAUCGCGCUGUCUCUUGGUGAUCCAACACUGUUUGGUAACUUGUCAACGUGUGAAGAGAUGAGAGAGGCUGUAUGCGAUGUCGUCACAGGAAUGAAGAACAAUGGAUAUGUUCCUGCUUUGGGUAUGGAGUCUGCUAGAGAAGCAGUUGCUAAAGAGUUUUCAAUCCCAGAGUCUCCACUCACAUUUAAGGAUGUGAUUUUAUCGUGUGGUUGUUCCGGUGCAAUAGAGAUGGCGCUACUAGUGCUAGCCAACCCAGGUCAGAAUGUGCUGGUACCCUGUCCUGGUUUCUCUAUAUACCGCACAUUGGCAGGGUCAUACCAGUUUGAACCCAGGGGAUACAAACUACUGCCUGAGAAAUCUUGGGAGGCUGAUCUUGAACACAUGGAAUCUCUAAUCGAUGACAAGACGGCAUGCAUCAUAGUCAACAGUCCGUCCAACCCGUGCGGGGGAGUCUUCAACAAGGAACAUCUUGAGGACAUCUGCAGAAUUGCUGAGCGACACAGAUUGCCCAUCCUGUCGGAUGAAGUUUAUGCUGACAUGGUUUUUCCGGGGCAAGAUUUUCAUCCGUUAUCCUCCAUCGCCAAAAACGUCCCAGUACUAACAUGCGGUGGACUCGCAAAAAGGUAUCUUGUACCAGGUUGGAGGUUAGGCUGGAUCCUGAUCCAUGACCCAUGUGAUGCAUUCAAAGAUGAGGUGAGGCAGGGUUUGAUGAACCUAUCCACACGUAUCCUUGGUCCCUGUACAGUCAUUCAGGCAGCUUUACCAAGAAUAUUCUCCGAAACACCGUCAGAUUUCUACACAAAAAGCAUGAAAGUUUUUCAGGAGAAUUCCGAGUUAAUUUAUGACUCGCUAUCUCACGUACCAGGACUCUUCCCUGUCAUGCCCUGUGGAGCCAUGUAUUUUAUGUUUGGAAUUGACAUGGAUAAGUUUGACUGCUUUAAGGAUGACAUGGCGUUUGUGACAAAACUUGUAGAGGAAGAAUCGGUGUUCUGUCUCCCAGGAAAGUGCUUUGAGUACCCAAACUUUGUCAGGAUAGUAACGUCGCUGCCAAAAGAGAAGACAGUCAUAGCAUUGCAGAGGAUUACAGAGUUCUGUGCCAGGCAUUAUCAAGGAGAGCAGGGUUCAAACGGAAUCAAGUAAGAUUUUGAACGUGAAGCAUUUUUAGUACGAGUCGACUGAAGACAUUAAGGGCUGAGACCAUAAAAAAGUAAUUUUUAAUUUAUGUUGAUUGUUAACACUUGAUCGAAAAUUCCUUGAGCCAAGCGUUCCCAGGUAAAAAUUCCAGUUGAACCUAGUUAACUGGGGUCAACUGGUUCAACUGGAUAGUGACCAAAC